CCAGUAGUGAUAGCGUGGGGGGCGUGGCCCAAAAUCUGCCCGUCAACUUCCAAGUGCGUCAAGCGAACCGUGAGCUCCCACAGAAGUUAUAUGUUAAACGUCAGUCAGGCCCGUGAAUCGUGCGUUUAAAUCAGCAGAGACUUCGAUAGAGAGAAGACCAGAUACAUUUUGAUAGUAGGUUACAAAACCCCUCCGAGCUAUAAGGAUCUUGUGAUUCUAGUCCAAAAUACCCAAUAAUAAAAACGCCCUUUCUUCCUCCGGCUGUCUGGAGACGUGGCGCAGGAAAUGGAGCGUAUGCCGCUGAGCAUGGGCGGCUUGCGGAUGCUGCCGUGGUACGUGGUGUGUUCUCAGGUGCUGGGGGUUGCAUGUGUGGUGAUCACAGGCGUGUGGUUGGGACAUUACCGGGGAGGCUAUGCCUGGGACGGCUCAGCACAAGAGUUUAAUGUCCACCCUCUUUGUAUGGUCCUCGGCCUGGUCUUCCUCUAUGGAGAUGCGGUUCUGGUUUACCGUGUCUUUAGAAACGAGACUAAACGUUCUGUGAAAAUUCUCCACGCUCUGCUGCAUAUGAUGGCCCUCAUCAUCAGUAUUGUGGGUCUUGUGGCCGCUUUUGAUUUCCAUUCAUCGGCCAAGAUCCCUCACAUGUAUUCUCUGCACAGCUGGUGUGGCAUGCUCACGUUUGUGCUGUUUUUCCUGCAGUGGUUACUGGGACUGGGAUUUUUCCUUUUCCCAUGGGCAUCUGCUCAGCUGAGGAGCUGGUAUCUCCCUCUGCACGUCUUCUUCGGCCUGCUGCUGCUGGCCAUGUCUGUGGGAUCCUGUCUGCUGGGAAUCACAGAGAAACUGCUCUUCAAUAUCAUGUCAACUUACUCCAAGUUUGCUGCUGAGGGGGUCCUGGCAAAUAUUUUAGGCUUGUUCCUGGUGUGCUUCGGGGUCGUGGUGGGUUACGUGGUGACGAAAGAAGAUUUUAGGCGACCGCCGAAUCCUGAGGAGGAGGCUCUAUCCGUGCACUUUAAGACCCUGUCGGAAGGAGAAAUCCCCAGUUCUCCUUAAUGUCUCAAUAUACUCCAACAACUGCCUUUUUGCACUUUCUACCUGUGUCUUAGCAAACCUGUCAGCCAGUUCCUCCAUUUGCAGUCUUCGUAUUCUAUGAAUGUCAUAUGAGAGCAGGAUUAAAUUACCACCAUAAAAACCUAUUAUGCUACUGUUAUUAUUAUUGGAGUUAAUUAAGUGUCAUAUACAUUUUUGAAAUUCGUUGUUUCAGGGUUAGGUCAUUUCUAAUUGUGCCAAAUCAAAUGAACAUGAAAGAAAUAUUGAUAUAUUGUGUCUUUAAAUGCAUUAGAUUAUUUAAAAUAUCAGGAUGUACUUUGUGCCUUUGAAUUUAUUUGACCAGACUGUGCUAAAAAAACCCUGAAAUCCUCUUUUGAUAAUUAGAAUCAGAGGACACAGCUGCAAAUGUUUUCUUACAGGCUUUUACAGCAAGUUUGUUUUGUAUUACUUAUCAUUUGUAGGUGCCCUUGUACUGUAUUUUUGUUUGCAUGUUUGUAUUGUGUAGUGGUAAAAUCUCUAUCACUGUUUUCUAUUCGAUAUAAUAUAUCAGUAUGUGUUCAUAAUGCUUGCUUUACAAGUUCAGCUGUGAUUAAGGAUGUACAGUAAACCAAGUUUUUAACUGAAAUAAAUAAUGAGAAAUAA